AAUCACUUCAUGUGAGACUAUCUUAUAUUUAAUGAUAAAUUAUAAAAAGAAUAAAGUGGUGGUUAGAAUUGAGGAGAAGCUUCAACGGUGUCUUGGGCAGACAGUUCUAGAGAGCGCUCAAUAAAAUUUAAAAAAAAAAAUAUUGAACUCGCGAACCAUCAGCUGGUUAAUUUCUUUUUCGAAAAUCCGUGUAUAAAAAGGAACCACUCUGUUGCUGCGCUUCAAACAAUCAGUUAACAUUGAAAGCUAUAGGGCGAGCGACCUUCAAAUUCCAAUCAAUCCGCAGUUUGGAUCGCAAAAAUGGACUUGAGGAACCUGGGCAUGGAGUCGCCAUUACCGUCGAUGCUGGAGGACAUGCUGGAGCUGUCAGAGGAGGCGGAGAAAGGAGGAAGGAACAAUCCAUCGAGGGCAUACGUGAGAGACGCGAAGGCGAUGGCGGCGACGCUGGCGGACGUGGUGGAGUACCCGGAUCGGUACGUGUUCGUAGUGGACAUGCCGGGAAUCAAAGGGAGCGAGAUGAAGGUGCAGGUGGAGAACGAGAACGUAUUGGUGGUGAGCGGGGAGAGAAGGAGAGAGAAGGGAAAGGAGAAGGAGGAAGGUGUGAAGUACGUGAGGAUGGAGAGGAGGGUGGGGAAGUUCAUGAGGAAAUUUGUGAUCCCUGAUAAUGCCGACAAGGACAACAUCUCUGCAGUUUCUAAGGACGGAGUGCUCACUGUUACUGCACCAAAGUUCCCGCCUCCUCAGGCCAAGAGGCCUAAGACCAUCGAGGUCAAGGCUGCUUAAAUCAUGAACCUCGUCUUCAGCUCUUUGCUUCUGCUCUUGUUUUCCUGGUAUUCCAAUGUCCCCAGCUUCCCACUGUAUUUGCCUUCUUAUGAAUGUUUUGGUGCGUGCGCACAAAUUAUAAUUGUCAAACCAUGUAGUGCAUGUAUGACUUGGAGCAGAAAUAAACAAGUUUGUUGAGAUUU